AAUUGGUAUGACAACACUGCAUGCGUCGGAGGUCAGACCAUGACGUUGUAGUGUAAAAUUAGGUGCAUGUACCAAUAGAUUAUUGAGAUAUUUUUUUUGGAAAAUUUGGUUAUUUUAAAUUAAAUUUCGUCCAAAAUUAUUCUCAAACAAUUUUUUUAGGGUUUUAAAAUUAAAACAUUGAUCGUAUGAGACACGUCACACCUGUCAUUUGAAACCAAACACAUACCUACGCGGCACUUUGAUCUUCCACAACAUACUUAUUUGGUAUCUAAUGCAACAAUUUUCAAAUUUCAAUUUCCACUGAAACCUUCUCAUCAUGCUGAAUCCAAUCUAUGCAACCACCAUUCUCUUCACAUCCCUCCGCACUUCAUCCUCUUCCUCAUCCACAACCUUCCUCCUUCUCUACCCUUACACAACCUUCUUCGCUCGCACCCAUCGCAAAAAGCUCCACAAACUCCCAACCUUCCACGAUGCCGUUUCAUCUUUCAACCAUUUCCUCUCCCUCCGCCACCCACCUCCCAUUCAAGAAUUCAACAAGCUCUUAACAACAAUAGCCAAACUCAAACGCUACACCACCGUCGUUUCGCUGUACUCCAAGCUCGAAUUAAAUACAGCCAUCAAACCCUCGCUUAUCACUAUGAGUAUAUUGAUCAACGGUUUUUCUCAACUGGGUCAAAUGGGUUUUGCUUUUUCGGUUGUUGGAAAACUCAUCAAGAGGGGUUUUGAGUUAGAUGUGAAAAUGCUUACUACUUUGAUGAAAGGCUUGUGCUUGAAAGGUAGGGUUUUGGAGGCGCUUAGUUUGCUGGAUGAUUCUGUUUCCAGAGGGUUUAGGUUUGAUGAGGUUUGUUACGGGACAAUAAUCAAUGGUUUGUGUAAAAUAGGAAAAACAAAAACUGCUAUAGAGAUGUUUCCUAAGAUGAAGAAGAUUAGGGUUUACCCUAAUUUGAUUAUGUAUAAUACUGUUAUUGAUGGUUUUUGUAAACAAGGACUUGUAGAUGAGGCUUGUGGUUUAUGUUCUGAGAUGGUUGCUAAUGGUAUUGGUCUUGAUAUUUACAGUUAUAAUUCUGUUAUUCAUGGUUUGUGUUCUGUUGGUCGGUUUCGUGCUGCAGCUGAGUUGCUCGAUGAAAUGGCUGUGCGAAGGAAAAUCUACCCGGAUGUGUAUACUUUUAAUAUAUUGAUUGAUGGUUUGUGUAAAGUGGGUUUGGUUACGGAAGCUCGUAAUGUGGUUGCUGUGAUGAUUAAAAGAGCUUGGAAUCCGGAUGUUGUUAGUUAUAAUGCUUUGAUGAAUGGUUAUUGUUUGUGUGGUGGUGUGGAUGAGGCGAAACGGGUGUUUGAUAAGAUGGUUGAAAGAGGUUGUUUGCCUAAUGUUAUUAGUUAUUGUACUUUGAUUAAUGGAUAUUGUAAGGUUAAGAUGGUGGAUGAAGCUAUGAUGCUGUUAAUGGAAAUGCAUAAGAAGAAUUUAGUUCCUGAUACUGUAACUUAUAAUUGUCUUCUUGAUGGUUUGUCGAAAUCUGGAAGAACAUUGUACGAGUGGGAUUUGGUUGAGGCCAUGCGUGCAAGCGGUCAACCUGCUGAUAUAAUCACUUACAAUACAUUAUUAGAUGAUUAUUUCAAACAUGGAAAACUUGACAAGGCACUUGGAUUAUUUCAGCACAUUAUUGAAAUUGGGAUUUUGCCUAACAUACGCACUUAUAAUAUACUUCUUGAUGGCCUUUGCAAAAGUGGAAGACUAAAGUAUGCAAAAGAGAUUUUUCACCUUCUGUCUGCUAAAGAGUGUCAACCAAAUAUCCGAACAUAUAACAUUAUGAUCAAUGGGCUUUGUAAAGAGGGUUUUUUAGAUGAAGCAGAGACCUUACUUUAUAAAAUGGUAAACAAUAAUUGCCCUCCUAACUAUAUAACUUUUGAUACCAUUGUUCGUGCGCUUUUGGUAAAAUAGUGGGAAUUGUUGGGGCAAAGAGACUUCUUCAAGGAAUGGUUGCUGGGUGGUUUAUAGGAAAAUGACAUGACAAUUGACUAGGUUAGCUAUUUUUUCGUUUUCAUUGUUCAUGUUUUUCUGAAACUAUGAAUGAUUAGUAGAUGCUUGUGUCUUGCAUCAAAGAAGUCGUAGUAGUCCGUGGCCUGUAAUAGAGUAGAUAAUAGAGUAGUACCAAACAAGGCCUUAUUGCUGUAACUGACUGUGCUGAGUCAGCACAAUCUCAACUAAUACUAGAGUAAGUAUAUAAACACUAAUAUCUCAAAUGUUGUAACUAACAAUUCAUUACUGAAAUACAAGAAUGCAAUGGAUCUACUUUUCCCUCA